CGAGUGAUGAAAAUCCUCAAGUUGGCAGUCGUACUCGAGACGGCUGAAGAUUAAGUUCAGCUUCCUGGUUUUGGUUUCGGUUAGGGGGACACUGUGGAAGACGUAUGCCCACUCGCUGCGAACGGCUUUAAGAAACAGGGAUCAACGAGUGGAACAAAGAAUAAAGCAAUUAUGGUUCAAAAGGGCUUAAUGUGUGUUCUUAUUUGUAUGUUAAUGCUUCCACUAUGCACUGGUCAAUCUGAGUCCGAAUCUAAUGAAGUGACCGAACCAACCAAAGAAGAAGGAAAGUUCUUUCCUAAACUGCUCUCUCACAUAUUCGAUAUUCUAAGUUUUCGAAAGGUGGUUGCGGAGCUGAAAGUCGGCAAAACUUCUCCAACAAUGUGCUUUGUUUGUAAAUUUGGAAUUGCUCUUUUACAACACUUUGUAGAAAGUGAUAAGCCAAAAGAAGAAAUAGCGCACAUUGCUUAUACCAUUUGCUCAACACUUAAACUGGACAGUGAUAGGGUUUGUUCAGGAAUCAUUGAUCUCUUCAAGGAUGAGUUUUAUUACAUAUUUAAAAGAACAACACUGGGUCCCCAGGAAGUGUGCGGUGUUCUGAUGGGUAACGAAUGUUCCAGAGUCUCAUCACCUCUUCAUAAUUGGACCGUUCCCCUUACGCCAUUCCCUAAACCUCCAGUUGAAAUCGUCAGAGAUCCACCACCAGGAGCACCUGUACUGAAAGUGUUACACUUAUCUGACACUCAUUUGGAUCCUUAUUACCAAGAAGGUUCGAAUGCUGAUUGUAAGGAACUCAUGUGCUGUCGACUAACAGAUGGUUGGGCUGCGACAAAAGCGCAAGCAGCCGGGAAGUGGGGCGAUUAUAGAAACUGUGAUACUCCAUUGAGAACCCUAGAAAAUAUGCUCAAGAAUAUUGCCACCAAACACAAAAUAGAUUACGUUCUCUGGACAGGUGAUAUCCCUCCUCAUGAUGUUUGGAAUACCACUCAGUCGGAGCAGGUGAAAUUGCUUCAUUUAGUGUCACGAAUCCUUGCACGACAACUGCCAGGUGUACCCAUUUAUCCCGCUCUCGGAAAUCACGAAAGUGCCAAGAUUAAUAGUUUUCCUCAACCAGAAGUGAAGGGAAAAUUCUCAAUACAAUGGUUGCAUGAAGAAGUUACUAAAGCAUGGGGGAAGUGGUUACCUGCAGAUGCAUUGAAAACAUUAAGGAAGGGAAUGUAUUAUGCAGUACGUAUUAAUCCAAAAUUAAAGCUUGUGUCUCUGAAUAUGAACUAUUGCAACACUCAAAACUGGUGGAUGCUUUUGAAUUCAACAGAUCCCGGAAGAGAACUGGAGUGGCUUGUGAAUCAGCUCCAGGAAUCAGAACUUAAAGGAGAAAAGGUACAUAUUAUUGGACACAUUCCACCUGGACAUAGUGAUUGUCUGCCAGUGUGGAGCUCUAAUUAUCACAGAAUAAUUAACAGGUUUGAGAACACAGUGCGGGGUCAGUUUUUUGGACACAGUCAUCUUGAUGAGCUUGAAGUGUUCUACGAGGAUAAAUCAAGGCCAACAUCUAUGGCUUAUAUAGGACCAUCUGUCACUAGUUACGACGGAGUUAAUCCUUCUUACAGAAUUUACACAGUGGAUGGGUACUAUCCUGAAACAACAUGUGCUGUACUGGACUCUGAAACGUUUUACCUGAAUUUAACUGAAGCUAACAUGUAUGAUCGCCCAAUAUGGCGACGGUCAUAUUCUGCGCGGGAAGAAUACGGCAUGCCAUCGCUUUCUCCUUAUCAAUGGCAUAAACUCCUGGAUCGUUUUCAUAUGGACGAAGAAUUGUUUCAGAAAUUUUCUCGGCAUUUAUACAGCUUGAGUGAUUUUCCAAGGGAAAUUUGUACGGGUGAAUGCAAACACGAGACAAUCUGCCGCAUGCGUACAGCACGUUCUCAUGAUUCGUCUUUCUGUCUGUCACCUUUCCUUUAAUAUGUUUUCUUCUUUUUCACAAAUUAGUGUUUUCUGCAACACACGUGUACAAAGCACCGCCAUUUUUUAUCGAAAAAUAUGCCUUGAUUAAAAGAUGGCAUAGACGACGUAGUAGACAAGACAGUCUAAAGAGUUUGUUUUUUUACCAGGCAUUUAACGAACCACCGAAAAUGCUUGAACGUUAGAAGUCUCACUUAUUACUUGUUGUGAUGUGCAAUACAUGUAUAAAAUUUUUAAUAUUGCUGUUAUUUGAAAUAUUUGAAAUCAUAAGGUUUUAAAACUUUUUAAGCUAAUUUUACUUAUUUUAAAG